AUGCAUGAUCAACAAACAAGCCAGUCCAGAUUAGGAUCCUACACACGCAGCCACAGUAGUACCAGCAGUACUAGCACUGUUGGUGGCACACAUUCCAGCCCAGUCCGGAUUCGAACCACCCUGACCGCUCGGGAAUCCUCCCCGGUCACCGACAUGAUGGGUGGAGAGGAUAGCCCAAAUCCCCCGUCCUCCCCGGACGACUUAUCGGAUGACGUGUUCUGGCUUACUUCCGAACGGUGUGGACGGCGGAUUGACAACGGUGAAAUGACCUACAGUUGGCGCUGGACCGGUUUUCACUUCGGUCUCGAUGUGGUGGUGAAGUAUAAACGCAGUCUUUCAGUUGCCAUGCGAUUUGUCCUCACCUUAUGCGGCCCCGGGAAACGUAGGGCGAAGCGACUUCGGACGAGCGCGUGGUCAGAGUCCACAAAUGUGUUCCAAAACGACCGGCAGUCAGUUAUGGAUCCGCGCCAUCGGACUUUCUCAAUUAUUCGCUUUACUGACCACAAUUCAGCAGAAGGAGCGGUCAGUCAUUCACCGCGUCUCCGUCUCCUAAUCGCUAUGCGAGUGAAGUCCAUCGUGCCUGACGCGAACACACACAGUUUGGAAUCGGUUGAUCAGGAUGUAUUAAUCGAUGCAGUCAGCGAAACUCACAACGACAAGCAGAUAUACACAGAUGAUGGGAAGCAGCUGAUACAUUUUUCAACUUCAGGCCUACUCUCUUUGAGUUUGGAAGAGAACGUACCACACGAGGUUCUACGUGUUCCAGAUGGGUUCACCUUUCCAGCUGUGGUUUCCGCUAAUAUCUUGCGGUACGAUCCCAUUCUGUGUGACCUAUCCUGCCUGAACCAAAUCAACACAUAG